UCUACUCCGAACUCAGACGAUCAAAAGCACUCUUAAGACUCUCGCUUUAAAACCUCUCUCUUUCCCUUUGAAGUCUUCGUCCUCAUACUUCUUCCACAACUCUUGCAGCGACAAAGUCUCAGAGAGAAAGAGAGAGCGAGAGAGAGAGAGAGAGAGAUGGCUGACGUCAGUCACAAUUCGGGUACGGGUCAGUUCUCGGAUUUCCCGGUGAUUCCGACGCACAAUGGGCAGUUUGUCCAGUACAACAUCUUCGGGAAUCUGUUCGAGAUCUCGGCCAAGUACCGCCCUCCGAUCAUGCCGAUCGGUCGCGGCGCGUACGGAAUCGUCUGCUCGGUGCUGAAUUCGGAGACGAACGAGAUGGUCGCGAUGAAGAAAAUAGCGAACGCCUUUGAUAACCACAUGGACGCCAAGCGUACGCUUAGGGAGAUUAAGCUGCUUCGUCAUUUCGAUCAUGAAAAUGUCGUAGCUAUAAGAGAUGUUGUUCCUCCGCCUUUACGGAGAGAAUUUACGGAUGUUUACAUUGCGACAGAGCUGAUGGAUACCGAUCUUCACCAGAUAAUUCGCUCCAAUCAAGGUUUAUCAGAGGAGCACUGUCAGUACUUCUUGUAUCAGAUUCUUCGAGGGCUCAAAUUUAUACAUUCUGCAAAUGUUAUUCAUAGAGACUUAAAACCCAGCAACCUCUUGCUGAAUGCAAAUUGCGAUCUUAAGAUAUGCGAUUUCGGUCUUGCUCGUCCCACUGCAGAGAGUGAUCAGUUCAUGACUGAAUAUGUUGUCACCAGAUGGUACAGGGCACCUGAGCUACUCUUGAACUCUUCAGAUUACACGGCUGCCAUUGAUGUGUGGUCUGUGGGCUGCAUCUUUAUGGAGCUUAUGAAUAGAAAGCCUUUGUUUCCAGGAAAAGAUCACGUGCAUCAGAUGCGCUUAUUGAUAGAGCUUCUUGGAACACCAACUGAGUCUGAUCUUGGGUUUGUUCGGAGUGACGACGCAAGAAGAUAUAUUCGCCAACUCCCUUCACACCCUCGACAGCCAUUAGCCAUGGUUUUCCCACAUGUUCAUCCUUUGGCCAUUGAUCUCAUAGAGAAAAUGUUGACAUUUGAUCCUUCUAAAAGAAUUACUGUUGAAGAAGCAUUGGCUCAUCCUUACUUUGCAAGAUUGCAUGACGUAGCUGAUGAACCAGUCUGCCCAGAGCCAUUUUCCUUUGACUUUGAGCAGCAACACUUUGGAGAGGAGCAAAUGAAGGAAAUGAUUUACCAGGAGGCCUUAGCCCUCAACCCAGAGUACGCAUAAAUAAACAACAGAAUUUCUUCUUGGUUGUCUCUUAAGUUGAUAACCCUGCAACUUACUCUCCUCAAAAGUAUUGCAACUAGCAAUCUAAUGGGUCAGAGAUUGAAGAACAGAGUUUAUCCUAUUUCAUCUGUAUAAUUACCUCGGUGGGUUUGCCUAUAUUACAUAAAUGACUGCCCAUCAGUUGUACGCUAACAAUCUUUUUCUUUAUUUAUUUUUUCUUUUCUUUUUUCUUUUAUUUUUUUAUUUCUUUUUUCCUUGUACCACUUGUAUUUUGCAUAGAUGUGCUUGUAUUUUAAUUAUGUCUUGCUCAAUCUGUAUUUUGUGUGGCAGAUUGAAAUGAUUGUAACUCAGAUUGAAUGAUAAUUACCUAUUAAUUGUCUUUUCCAUAA